AAAAAUGGCUACCUCAAAAUUCUAUUUAAUUUUAUUUUUAAUUCCAUUUGCCAAUCUUAUUAACUGUAAAAAUGAAAAAGAAAAUGGUCAUGAUAGCGAAGCUAUUUUUAAAUUGCAAGCAAGAGCCAGACUUGCAACUUGCCAUCAUGGAGUUGGUGUUCUAUUAUAUAUUGGAAUGGGGGAAAUAUCAAUUGCUACACCUCCUACAGGAGGGCCAACUGAAUUGGAAGUUGCUAAGACUCAACAUUUAUUACAAAUAGCUACCGAGCUCGAAAAGAGUGUCAAUAUUCUGAAAAAUUCUUAUGAUAAAGAUACAGAACCACCCACUCAAGAGAUAAUUCAUUGUAUUCAACUUUAUGUCGAUGCUUAUCAGGCGGCGAAAUCGAACAUUAGCAGUGUUGUAGUACCCAAAGAUAAUGCUCAAAUAACUUCAUCAAUUGGAGCGAUGAUGCGCGAGAUUGCGCCAUUGAUGGCAACAAUUAAAAAAUAAAAGAAUAAAGUAAAGUAAAGAAUGGGUGAAAUACUAAUGGGAAUUAAUUUGGGAGGAAUUGAUAAAUUAAAUUAUUUAUUUGGGUUAAUAUUGAAAUUAAAAGGAAUAAUGGGUAAUUUAUUAAGAUUGUUAAUGAGAUGUAA